AUGGCCACUGACUCUUCUGAUCUACCAUCUGAAAAACAGUUGGAGAAUGUGGAGAAGUUGAUGAAUUUAGAGUUAAGGACGCUGUUUGUAUCGAGACAUGAAUAUAGAAUCUACACCAAAGAUGUCGAGUUUGAAAAUAAAUGGAACCCUUCAGAGCCAGAGUCAACCAAGCACAUUGAACUCCAGUCGACGUUUUACGUUAACAACAAGGGCUACGUCUACAAGCACAAACUGGAAAGGACUUAUAUACACGUGCCUGGCAGAAAUUUAGUGAAAAACACCAGGAGAGCCCUAACUUUAUUUCAAAAAUAA